AACAAUAUCGGCUAUACGGUUUCGCGGAUCACCUGUGGUCCUGUGCAGCCGUACCGUACGCCUCUGCUUUCCUCUCACCCCACCGCGCCACCGGCGAGCGGCCCGCGAGGGAGGAGGCGCUGCCGCCGCCUCUGCUGAUGCUGAUGAUGCUAGGGGCGGCCUCCCAGUGGAUCCUGGCCGCCGCCGCGGCGGCGGCCGUGGCGGCGCUGCUGUGGCUGGCCGUGUCGACGCUGGAGUGGGCCUGGUGGACGCCGCGGCGGCUGGAGCGCGCCCUCCGGGCGCAGGGCAUCCGGGGCAACCGGUACCGCCUCUUCACCGGCGACGUGCCGGAGAACGUCCGGCUCAACCGGGAGGCCCGGAAGAAGCCGCUGCCGCUCGGCUGCCACGACAUCAUCCCGCGCGUGCUGCCGAUGUUCAGCAAAGCCGUUGAGGAGCACGGGAAACCAUCAUUCACUUGGUUUGGCCCAACGCCAAGAGUGAUGAUUUCAGACCCUGAAUCAAUAAGGGAAGUUAUGUCUAAUAAGUUUGGCCACUAUGGCAAACCAAAGCCUACCCGUCUCGGAAAGUUGCUAGCCUCCGGAGUUGUAAGCUAUGAAGGCGAGAAAUGGGCAAAGCACCGGAGAAUUCUGAAUCCUGCCUUUCACCACGAGAAAAUAAAGCGGAUGCUGCCAGUUUUUUCUAACUGCUGCACGGAAAUGGUUACAAGAUGGGAGAAUUCAAUGUCUAUUGAAGGAAUGUCAGAGGUAGAUGUUUGGCCUGAGUUCCAAAAUCUUACAGGAGAUGUCAUAUCAAAGACAGCAUUCGGUAGCAGCUAUGAGGAAGGAAGGAGAAUUUUUCAGCUGCAAGCAGAGUCAGCCGAACGCAUAAUACAAGCCUUUCGGACAAUUUUUAUACCAGGAUAUUGGUUCUUACCAACUAAAAACAACAGAAGGUUGAGAGAAAUUGAAAGAGAGGUCAGCAAACUUCUACGAGGAAUAAUUGGAAAGAGAGAGCGGGCUAUUAAAAAUGGUGAAACCAGUAAUGGUGACUUGUUGGGCUUAUUGGUGGAGUCAAAUAUGAGGGAGUCAAAUGGGAAAGCAGAACUAGGAAUGACUACGGACGAAAUUAUUGAGGAAUGCAAGCUAUUUUAUUUUGCAGGAAUGGAGACAACAUCAGUAUUGCUCACUUGGACAUUAAUUGUGCUAAGUAUGCACCCAGAGUGGCAAGAGCGAGCAAGAGAAGAAGUGCUACACCACUUUGGAAGAACCACACCAGACUAUGAUAGCUUAAGUCGUCUGAAGAUUGUAACAAUGAUUCUGUACGAGGUUCUUAGGUUGUAUCCGCCAGUGGUGUUCUUGACCAGACGAACAUACAAGGAAAUGGAGCUCGGCGGCAUCAAAUAUCCCGCUGAAGUGACCCUUAUGUUGCCCAUUUUAUUUAUUCACCAUGAUCCCGAUAUUUGGGGAAAAGAUGCAGGUGAAUUCAAUCCAGGGAGGUUUGCUGAUGGCAUCUCCAACGCAACGAAGUAUCAGACCUCUUUCUUUCCAUUUGGAUGGGGUCCCCGAAUCUGCAUCGGCCAGAACUUUGCACUAUUGGAAGCCAAGAUGGCUAUCUGUACAAUCCUUCAGCGGUUCUCCUUUGAGCUUUCACCAUCGUACAUCCACGCACCAUUCACUGUGAUAACUCUCCACCCACAGCAUGGUGCACAAAUUAAGCUGAAGAAAAUCUAACCAUGCUGCUCACUUGCUCGGAUUGGUCAAGGAGAAACAAGUCAGUUUGAUAAGUUAUAUAUCUUUCUCUUUUGUAAACAGAGGUAGUCUACAGGUUUCGUAUUCGAACUAGAAAGAUUUUACUUAUUGAUAUACUAGCUUUUAUGCAGAUAAAAACAUGGUGAGUGAAAUAAUAUUCCGAGUUUUUAAUACAAUACAAGAGUGAUUUUUAGGCUCUUGAGGAUGUAUCAUAUUUUAUAGUGUAAAAUUUAAUCUCUCUAAUACAAUGACAUAUGAAAAAUUUGCAUUAAAAA